AUGAUCCGGGAGAGAGGAGACGCCAAGAACAGGCUCCUUGGCCGCAGCGUUUACCCAGAGCCCUCUAGAGGGGAUGGGAUGGUGAGUGGGAUGAAGGACAGCACUGCACACACAGACCCAGACAUCAAGACCUGCCCAGAGAACAUCUCCCAGCACCAUGAGCUAGCCAACAUCCACCAGAGCUCCCAAGAGAAAUGCCAACAAGAGGUCCAGGGUCUUUCUGGGAGGGAAACUCCAGGGACACGCAGGGAAUUGCUGUUCCCCUGUAGCCUUCGUCCCAGAGGUAGACUCAUCUCUCAUUCCACCAGUGAGAAGAGCUUCCAUCCUCAGAGACGGGGGUCCCAGCACCCCUGCCCUGACUGUGGGAAAAGCUUCAGGGUCUUUUCCAACUUGCUCUGUCACCAGUGGAGCUACGGUGGGGACAAACCCUACAAAUGCCCCGAUCGUGGGAAGGGUUUCAGGCACAGCUCGGCGCUGGUGACACACCAUCGCAUCCACACGGGUGAGAAACCCUACCAGUGCACCCCCUGCGGUAAGAGCUUCAACGUGGUGUCCAACCUGGUGUGUCACCGGCGGAGCCACACCAGGGAGAAGCCCUACAAGUGUCCUGACUGCGGCUGGCAUUGCAGUCAACGUUCCCACCUGGUGACCCACUGCCGGUUGCACACAGGCGAGCGCCCCUACCUGUGCUGGGAGUGUGGGAAGAGCUUCAAUGUCAGCUCCGAUCUCAUCAAACAUCGCCGUACCCACACCGGGGAGAAGCCCUACGAGUGUCCCGACUGUGGGAAGCAUUUCAGCAGCAGCUCCAACCUCAUCACCCACCAACGGCCGCACAGCGGUGAGCGGCCCUACACCUGUGCUGACUGCGGCACAAGCUUCACCAUCAGCUCCAAGCUCAUCGCCCACCAACAGACACACAGCGGUGAGCAACCCUACAGCUGUGCCGACUACGGCAAAGGCUUCAGCAAUCGAUCCCACCUCAUCUGGCACCACAGUGCCGGCCGGCGGGAGAAGCACUACAAGUGCGGCAAAGGUUUCACCACCAGCUCCUACCUCCUCACCCACCAGCGCAGCCAUACUGGAGAGCCCCCCUUCUUCUGCGGCAUGUGUGGCAAGAGCUUCGCGGUGGUCUCCAACCUGGCACGGCGUCAGCGGGUGUACACCGGGAAGAAGCCGUUUCAGUGUGGGGAGUGUGGGUGGCAGUACAGCCAGCGGGCUCAUCUCACCACCCACCAACGGGUCCACACCGGCGAGCGACCCUAUGUCUGCAGGGAUUGCGGGAAGGGCUUCAAUGUCAACUUGUCUCUCACCAAGCACCAGCGGGUGCACACCAGGGAGAAGCCCUACCGCUGCCCCGAGUGUGGGAAGAGCUUCAGCCAGAGCUCCAAUGUCAUCACGCGCCAGCAGCAUCACCAUGGUCAUGGCGUGCAUGAGUGGCACCACGCUGUGCUGGUGAAGCUCAGUGAUGCCAGUCCAGCCAGAAGGUCUUCUCCAAAGGCUGGAAGUCAACCAGGACUUGGCACGUGUGGGAGAGGGAAGAAAGAUGAAGGGAAGGACAGGGACCACCAUCAGCAGAAAUCACCAACUCAGGUGUGA